ACACAACACAACUACUUUCACACCAAACACACACACACAAAGAAAAUAUAUCUUUUUAUUCACAUCAUCAUCAGAAGAAAAAACAAUGGUUGCAAGAUCGGAGAUCAUUAAGUCGACGGUGGAUGUCACGGCUGCUAAUUUGUUGAUGCUCUUGUCAAGAGUCGGACAAGAGAACGUUGACGGCGGUGGAGAUCAAAAACGCGUUUUCACAUGUAAAACGUGUUUGAAGGAGUUUCACUCGUUCCAAGCCUUGGGAGGUCACCGUGCCAGUCACAAGAAGCCUAACAACAACAACAACGAGUCCGUGCCUUCCUCUCUCAAGAAGGCCAAAACGACGUCUCACCCUUGUCCCAUAUGUGGAGUAGAGUUUCCCAUGGGGCAGGCUCUUGGAGGCCACAUGAGGAGACACAGGAACGAGACUGCCGCUGCCGGCGCGUUGGUUACACGCGCUUUAUUGCCGGAGCCGACGGUCACUACGUUGAAGAAAUCUAGCAGUGGGAAGAGAGUGGCUUGUUUGGAUCUGGGUCUAGGGAUGGCCGAGAAUCUCAAUCUCAAGUUGGAGCUUGGAAGAACAGUUUAUUGAUUUCUUUUUCUGGAUAUAUUUGUUUUCUCUAUCAAUCAUUCUUUGAAUUUUUCUUAAUUAUUUAGAUUAUUCUAUACAUACAUCUCCAGAUUUAGGAAACUUUCAUAGGAGUGUAAUCUCUUCUUUUUUUUGUUCUGUAAAAAUAUUUUGUACUUAUUAUAGCAUUGGAGUUUUGUAUAUCUUACUUACUCUUACCAUUUGCCAUUUGUUGAGAAUUAUAUAUGUAUCUUGAGCUCUCUUCUUU